AUGGAGGUGCCACCGUCUGUGGAGAUCACCGACGGGCAGCGCCUUGAGACUGAGCAGCUGCAGGACGAGAGCAGUAUGGAUGGAGUACAGCAGACAGGGGAGCAGCAGAUUGGGGAGCAGCAGACAGGGGAGGAGCGGAUUGAGGAGCAGCAGAUGGUGGACCAGCAGCUAGGGGAGCAGCAGACAGGGGAGCCGCAGACAGGGGAGCAGGAGAUGUGGGGAAUUAGAGAUGGUGGUCGUGUGUUGGUUUCUGGGACGACCACUGCACCAGUGCGUCGCUCCACUCGCAUCACUCGUGGUGUCCCGCCUAUUCACAACUCGGGUGGAACGAUGGCUUCCAACGUAAGCGCCUUGGUGGUAGCGGCGGUGCUGCAGCUGCUGCUCCUACUGGCGGGUAACGCCGUGCCGAGCGCGGGUCAGGACACGAGCCAGCAGCAGUGCUUCUGGCCGCUCAACGACACGGAGGCGGGAAUUCUAUUCAGAGUUUCACGCAGUGUAGAUUACUUUCCCCUCGACCUGGCUUACAUUACCACCUGCGUCAAUGUUGGCGUCACAUGCAGCGACAGUGGCCACGUCAGGAAAAUGGACAUCUCCAACAACUCCUUCUCAGGCCCCUUCCCCACCUUCUUCAGCAGACUCACCAAGCUCGCCUUCCUGGACAUGGGAUUGAACAAGUUUUCGGGCAGCCUUCCAGAUGCCAUCGGCAACAUGGUCUCUCUCAUCGACCUGUUCGUGAAGGAAAAUGACUUCACAGGGGCACUGCCCACCGUCAUGGGGCGCCUCACCAACCUCCACUUCUUAGACGUGUCACACAACCGCCUGUCAGGGACCAUCCCCCAGUCCUUCUCCAGCAUGGCCAGCCUCGGCGCCAUUUGGCUGCACCACAACUUGUUUUCGGGGUCGCUGGCGCCCCUCGCUGCUCUCUCCUACCUCACGAACGGCCUCGCAGGUCCCCCCUCCCACACCCAAAACUCACCUCGUCCCUCCUCCCACACCCACCCCUCCUCCCACACUAACCCCUCCUCCCACACCCACCCCUCCUCCCACACUAACCCCUCCUCCCACACCCACCCCUCCUCCCACACUAACCCCUCCUCCCACACCCACCCUCCCCCCUACCAUG